AGAGCCGGUGCGAGAGAUCAUGUUCCUAGGUUUCCCUCAGACUUAUAAGAUGUUUUUUUAUUUUAUUGUGUGAAGUGGGCUGUGAGUGUAUCAACACGUAUGUUUUUACCGCUCGUGGGAAGAGGAAACCGCACAUAUGGCACAGAGGGCUAAGCUGUCAGCAGGGAGGAGGUUGAAAGACACAAGCACACUUUGAGUCAGACCUGACGUGAGAAGCAUGUGAACAGGAUUACAAACAAACGCAUAAAGUAAGAGUUGUCCCCACAAGUAGGCCAACUGCAGUCCUCAAUAGGCCAUCUACAGAAAAAGCAAGCCCCCUCCCAGACCAUGCCACGCCCAGCUCCCACAGAGGCCCCACCCCUACUCUUCAGCCACGCCCAGAAAGCCCACAGCACAUAAACCCCAAGUGAGCCCUAAGCCUGUGCACCUGCUGCAACGGGGUCACAUCCCCCCAACAUCGUCUCGCCCAAUCCCAAACCCUCCUCCAAAACCAGGAGCAAGUGUGGGGCAAGUCAUCGAGAACAUCCAGAACUCCUGGUUUCCAUUUGUGGGUGUUUGGCUAAGCCUCAAGUGGCAUGUCAACAUGGAGUCUCAAUCUACUUCACAAUCUGAAAUGAGCGGUCAGCCUCAGGUCACAGGGUCAACUGCACAGGAUUCUGGGGAGUUAUGCUCUAUGGGUGGGUUUGAACUGAAACCCUCUGAUAUCACAGAACUUUUGGCUUUGUCCAGCUUAAACUCCUUACAAGAAGACUGCGUGAAUGACAUCAAAAUGACAGACGAACUUCAAAAAGAGCAUACGAAACAUAGCAGCAGUGUUUUGGAGAAUAUUCAUAGUGAUUUACAUGGUGACCACAAUGAUGAGAGCAGUAACCACAGAGACACGGAGUCCAAGGGGCCCCUACUCAAGGGCCCAUGUGAGUCUCAGGAUCAUGAAGGGAUGGAAAAGAACAGAAAGAUCCCGAAUCGUGACAGUGGGAUUGAUAGCCCCUCUUGCGGAGCAGAGGGGGAGGUUUUCCCAAAUGAGGACCCUAUUGAGGAGGAGGACCGGAAUGAUAGCAUUGCCACGGAAACGGAGAGUAUGUCAUGUGUCACCACUAGCAACAAAUGGGACUCAACGCAGGAUGAAGACAGUGAUUUGGAUGAAGGGAGCGGUGAAGAUCCGGAGAUCCUGGAACACAAAGGUUUGCAGUGUGACUCUCAGAAGUUGUUGAAUAUUGCUAAAGAGUUGCUUCAAACAGAAGAAGCUUAUGUCAAAAGACUCAAUUUGCUUGACCAGGUGUUCUGUGCUCGUCUGACGGAAUCAGGCAUCCCUGCUGAUGUCAUCACUGGAAUCUUCUCCAACAUCUCCUGCAUUCACCGCUUUCACCAUCAGUUCCUGCUGCCUGAUCUGCACACACGCAUAACACAGGAGUGGAGCAGCAAUCCUCGCAUUGGGGACAUCCUGCAGAAAUUAGCCCCGUUUCUGAAGAUGUACGGCGAGUACGUGAAGAACUUUGAUCGGGCUAUGGAGCUGGUGAGCACAUGGACGCAGCGAUCUGCUCACUUCAAAAGUGUCGUACAAAACAUUCAGAAGCAGGAUGUGUGUGGUAACUUGACUUUGCAGCAUCAUAUGUUGGAGCCAGUGCAGCGUAUUCCCCGUUACGAGCUCCUUCUGAAAGAUUACUUGAAGAAACUGCCAGACAGUGCUCCGGACCGAAAAGACGCUCAAAAUGCUCUUGAGUUGAUCUCAACCGCUGCAAACCACUCCAACGCUGCCAUCAGGAAAAUGGAGAAGAUGCACAAGCUGUUGGAGGUGUAUGAGAGGUUAGGUGGCGAGGAGGACAUUGUUAAUCCAGCUAAUGAACUCAUUAAGGAAGGACACAUCAAGAAGAUGUCUGCUAAGAACGGCACUGCUCAGGACAGAUACCUCUAUGUGUUCAAUAAUAUGGUGCUGUAUUGUGUGCCCAAGCUGAGGCUGAUGGGACAGAAGUUUAGCGUCAGAGAGCGAAUUGACAUCGCAGGGAUGGAGGUUCAGGAGAAUGUCAAGCAGAACAUCUCUCACACUUUCACUAUCAUCGGUAAGCAGCGGUCUCUGGAGCUGCAGGCCAGAACGGCUGAGGAGAAAGACAACUGGAUUAAAGUGAUUUUGGCCACGAUUGAGAAGCACAAGCAGAACAGUGAGACGUUUAAAGCGUUCAACAGUUCCUUCAGCCGUGAUGAAGAGCACACACCUGACCCACCAAGUCCAGCGAUUAACACAAACACAUGUGAGACAGACGGAGCCCAGCACGAGCGGAAGAGUUCAAAGAAGAGAGAGAAGGAGAGAGAAACAUGUAAAGGCUGCAACGAGACCUUCCAUUUCACCAAACGCAAACACCACUGCAAGAGCUGCUGUGCGGCCAUCUGUGGGAAGUGUUCUAAGUUGUUGGAGAGCAAGAACUCUCGCAUGUGUAAACAGUGUUUUGAAGCCCUGCAGGCAGCUGAAGGGACAUCAGGGGGCAGCAGUGAGUCCAAGAAAAAAAUUGAGAAGCAGCAGUCAGUCGCACAGUCAUCUCCACGUGCAGGAAAAGGUGAAGAGUUGGAGCAAGAGCUCGGUGGCCAUCACUAAAGCAGAACCUCUGGUGCUUUACCUGGAAACUAGCACACAGGACACUCGAGCUGUAUGUUUACCUGGCUGUGACAUCACUCCAGUGGCAGAGAAAGAGGUCAAACAUGAGUUUAGUUCCUGUCACUAUAAAGGGAGGAGCCACCAAGAUAUCAGUCAGCCCAAGUGAGAGCUGCAGGAGCCAAUGAGAUGCUUUCUCUUGCCUCAGGCCCCUCCCCUUUCAUAAAGAACUCCUGUUACUUGAAAUCACUUUAUUCUUAGCACUUUUGGUCUUACUUUUUUUUGUUUGCCUUCCGUCUCAUUAUCUAUGCUCAUUAUUACACAAGCGCACACACACACACACACACACACACACACACACACACAGACAGACAGACGGUUUACACCGUUAUUUUGGUGUUUUAUCAUUGCACUGUUGCACAUGAGAGCUGGCAACUGUUUGUAUUAUAUUGUUUAUGGAAUAUUUCAGUAUAUGAUUUUUAUUUGUUUCCCUCCAGAUCUGUUAGUAGUUUAAGUUAAAGCGUUAACGUGCUGUUUGCUUGUGUACUGUCAGUACUGUCACACAUGAAAUCAGACAAUAAGCACAUACACCAGUCAUGCAAUGAAAUACACAGCUCUGAAUGUUAAGCCAAUGAUUGAUGAUGAGUAAAUGUCAUAAAACAUGUCAAGAACAUGUCUGGAUCAUAUUUCACCCAAAAAAGAAAUAAAGAAAACGAAACCUGUAUUAAGAUGUUUUGCAUUGUGACAUUAUUUUCAUAACAGUUUUGCACAUUUGACCUCCCAGUUCUCAUUACCGUAAUGUGAAGAAAGGCAAUAUUAUGUAUUUGUACAUAUUGUGGUAGUAUUUGUUGUAGUUUUCUUAAUUUAUGCUGAUUUGAUAGUUGUAAUUACAGUUAUUUCAAUAAUUGUGCUGUAUUAGAAUUACUGUAAAACUGGCUGUAUACUGGAUGUAAGACAAACUAAUAAAAAUCCCCUUUAAGAUUAAUGAUAAUUACAAAAAAAAAACUCAUGAGUAACCCAUCCUGAUGCAUUAAGGACAUCUUAAUUGUCCAAAUAAUCUUUGUUUACUUUGUGCAAAAUAUAAUUGAAUUUGUUUUUUGGGGGAAAUGUGAUCUGGACAUGUUCUCACCAUGAAGCUGUCAAAA